AAAAAGAGUUCAGAAACCUAACUUCCUAAUAUCCUUUUAAGGUAUUCAAUGUCGUCUAAGGUUUAUCCUAGUACACAUACAACUACUUCUUACAUGACUUCCAAAAGAGAAACAUUCACUGUAUGGAUGAAAUCACUCGUCUUCCACGGGAAUGGCUGCACGGUUUUCGAUACGAAUGGUGGGAUCGUUUAUCGCAUCGAUAACUACGAGAAAAAUAGAAGCAACGAAGUCUAUCUCAUGGACCUUAAGGGCAAAGUCCUCUUCUCUAUCCGAAGGAAGAAAGUAAUAUUACCUCUCUUCAGUCAUUGGAGUAUUUAUAAAUGGUCAUAUUGUGGUUGUAAAGAGAACAAGGAGAGACGAACUCCAUGGUUUCAAGCAAGAAAGAACUCCAGAAGCAUUCUUGGCAGAGACAUGGCUUGUCGUAUUACUCUAGGGCGGCAUGAUAAAGCAACAUCAAAUGGUGGCUACACGAUAUUAGGAUUGGCCGGUAACUUAUCGUUUAAGAUCACAGACGGUCAUGGCCAACUUGUUGCGGAGGUGAAGCAAAAGCAAUUAUCUUCAGGUGUAAAGUUGGGAGAUGAUGUCUUAACAAUGGUGGUGGAGCCCCAAAUAGAUCAUUCACUUGUUAUGGCUCUUGUGACUGUCUAUGGAUUGAUGAGAGAAAGAUUUGAAUGACAGAAGUCAAGCACAAAAGCUUAUCGGCUGCAGGGACUUCUUCAGACAAAUUUCCCCACUUUCUUUUUCUUUUCUUUUUUUCUUCUUUUCCAC